UACUUUCGUUUCUGAAUAAGCGGAGAGAGCACUGCCGCCUUUGUCCAUUAGAUUCUGGACGCACUUGACAAUACAGGAGUUUUCUGAAGACAAGCAGAUAAACUAACGAAGGCAAAAAUGAAAAACGGAAUUUUGUUGAUUGCACUUCUCAUGGCAGCAACGGCUUUCACCUCAGGUGUUCCACAUGCAGGUCCUGACAGAAAUUUCCCCCCUUUAAACACAAUUACCCCACAUCCAAAAACCAUGACUUUGCCUUUAAAUACAACAACCCCACAUCACAAAACCACGACUGUCCCUUUAAACACAACAACCCCGCAUCACAAAACCACGACUGUCCCUUUAAACACAACAACCCCGCAUCACAAAACCACGACUGUCCCUUUAAACACAACAACCCCGCAUCACAAAACCACGACUGUCUUUUUAAACACAACAACCCCGCAUCACAAAACCACGACUGUCCCUUUAAACACAACAACCCCACAUCACAAAACCACGACUGUCCCCUUAAACACAACAACCCCGCAUCACAAAACCACGACUGUCCCUUCAAACACAACAACCCCAUAUCCCAAUACCACUACUCCACACAUCCCUACACCAUUGCCUGGACCGACCUCACCUACCAACAUUACGGGAGGAAAUUACAUUGUUCUCGACAAAAAUAACAAAACAUGUGUUAUGGCUGAUUUUGAAAUCAAGAUCUUUGUGAACAACAGCGAGGUUAAUGGCACAUUUAUUGUUCAGCCGAUCAAAACCAAUACCACUGGGUACUGUGAGGAUAAAGUGGCUGGUCUGAUUCUACAGUUCGUUGAGGGCGGAAUCACGAUGAAAUUUAGAAAUAAUGAGACAUCAAAAAUGGUCUAUGUUGAGACUUUGGAAUACGAGUUGGACUAUGCUUUUACAUCUAGAGCAUUGAGAAAAUACUCAGGGAAGAAUGAAUCUCUUCAGCUGUUUGCUGCAGCUGCUGGUCACUCAUAUUCCUGCAAAGAUGUGAAAGUGUUCAUGGGGCAAGGUGUGCAUCUGGAUUUCACCAAGAGCAGAGUUCAGGCCUACAACAUCAAGAACAAAAACUUUGGAAAGACUGACCUGUGCAAGGCCGAUCAACCUGACUACAGGGUUCCCAUUGCUGUGGCCAUCAUACUCAUCCUCCUCAUUGUCAUUGUAGUCAUUGCUUACUGUGUCAGCAGAAAACGGCGGACCAAUGGUUACCAGUCUCUUUAAAGGCCUACACUGACUUGCCAAAAGUACAACCAUUAGUACCAGUUUACAAAAAUUUUAAUAAUGUUGUGUAAAUCCUAAAAUAAUGUUGCUCUGGUACAGAUAAUGCCGUAAGAUUUAUUUAACUAAAGAGUAAAGACCGCUUUUGCUGUUAAGAUUUCUGCAUCACCAAAGAUCAUGUUACAAUUCAGACAAGUAAACCUUAGUGCUUACCUUAUUUAGCCUAUAUUUAUAAAAUCACAAUUUUAAAGAACUUUUGAAAAUAAUAUCAGUCAACUGACAGGGGAUGUUAAUUCUAUGCUGUUGCUAACUUCGCAUCCAGUGUGGAAAAAAUGUAAAAUCAUAAUAGGUUCUAAUGCUUUCUAUUGUAUUUUGUUGCAUCGUGCUGUGUCCGGUGUGGACAGGGUGUUAGCCUAAAGACCUCCACACAUGUAAUGCAUUUUCUAUCUUUUAUCUAUAUAUAUUAGUCUGAUGUUAAUAAGUCUAGGGAACUCUGAAAGGGAAUUCAGUCAUGCUUUGAUUCAUGCAAGUAUUUUGUACUGUACUUUGUAAUUAGAAAGUUUAAAAGCUUAAAAAGCAGGCAUAUCCAUGUUUUCAUUCUAAACUAAUUCUUUAGAGAAUUAUAAAUUAACUUUUUUGUACUUUUUCUGUCAGAAACUGCAAUUUAUGGCAAAUUGAAAAUGAAAUACAGGAAUGCACGGAAUAAAUUGGGGAAUAAUGUUUACAUGUUUUAUUUACAUCUAAUAAAUGCAUGGUGUUUCACUUUAA